AUGUUGGAGCUGCGCCCCGCCACCCGAGAGUUCUUUCAUAUGCUUCAUAAUUAUUUGCAUUGUCGGGAAUUGCUAGAUGCCAAAUAUGAAGAGAUAGACAGUCUUCGUAUCCUCUCCCAUUUGGAAAUCCAGUCUGAAGGCAUUGAGACGGAAAGUGGGGAUCCUUGGGAAUUCAAGGCGAGUUAUCAACAGCAAGCAGUGGAUGGAAAUCAAGUAAAUACAUGCGAGGAGCUCUAUGUGGCUGCUGGCAUUGCCAAACCAAUUUAUGAAGCCAAAGUCCAGGAUAUCGUGGCACGAGUUUGUGGACAAGAAGACCAGGAAGAAAGCGUCGUCGUGGUUCAGUUUCCACCAGUAAAAGGAAGAGAACGAGCAUUGGAAAAGGCCGACGAUGAUUAUAUCAGACGAAAACCUGCCACAGCUGUUUCUUGGUUGUACGAUGUGGUGCGGGGAAGCAUACAGUUUUCCACAAUUGAACAGAUUGAGCAAUUCAUUCAGCAAAUACAAGAGGACUCGUCCAUUACCAUUGUCAAGGCCAAGAAUCGAUUCAAACGGCCCAGUCUGACAGGGUACAGAGAUUUCAAUCUACACAUUCAUAUUGAGACGGAUCGUGGGUUUAAGCAUGUGUGCGAGCUUCAGAUUCAUCUUCAGGACAUGAAGGCUUUGGAAAAUACUUUAGAAUCCCACAAGUACUAUGAAUACUUCCGAUCCUAUUUUGCUGGAGCAACAGAUAGUUUGAAGGAGCGUUUGGACGAUUUGAAAGCAAUCUCAGAUGGUUCAGACGUCAACGAAGAGUUCCUUAGUCGGUUUUUGGAAAAGACAAAGGAUGUGUCCCGAUUACAGAGACUGGCACGACUGUUCUACAAUACACUCUGUGAAUAUGACUGGGCAUAUCAAGUUUACGAGCAUGUGCUUGAGCUUCAAUUUGGAUCUCUCGGAGAUUGUCAUGUAGAAGUGGCACAAACAUAUAACUGCAUGGGCGAGAUCCUUCGAGAUGAUGGAAAAUCAGAACUGGCUAUUGAGCUUCAUCAGAAAGCCCUUGACAUUUGUACCGAGUCGGCUCUUGAGGCAGGUUCUCAGGUUUGGGCGGAUACUUACAACCAAAUGGCGAAUGCACUUUAUUACCGAGAUAGACUUGACGAAGCUUUGGAAUUAUACGGCAAAGCUUUGAAGGUAUUCGCUAUGGACGAAGCAGGCAAUCAGAUUCCGAUGUCAGUCACUACGAAUAACAUGGCCAACAUCGUUCUUGAGCAAGGGAACAGAGAAAAGGCGCUAGAACUUUAUGAAUCUGCCUUACAUAUCCAAAAGAGAGUCCGGGGAAUGGAACAUCCGUCAGUUGCCGAAACAUAUGCAAAUAUUGCAAAAGUUCUAUUCUACAAGAACAAGCUAGAGGAAGCACUGGAUCUUCAACUCAAAGUGCUGGAUAUUCGUAAAAAGACACUUGGUGAAAAGCAUCGCACAGUAAAAGAUGCCUACAAUAAGCUGGCACAAACCUACAGCAGUCUUUCCAUCCGAUUGGAAUCCAAACGCCAAUACGACCAAGCGUUGGCAACCCUAGAGCAAGAACUGGCCAUUCGACAACAAAUGGCUACUGAAAAUGACAGUAGCCAUCUCGAUGAAACCUUGGAUCUCAAGAUUGCCGAUGUCUACCAAAACAUGUCGCUCGUCAUGGAAAAGCAAGGAAAGCUGAAGGAAUCCUUGCAAGUUCUGGAAAAGUGUUUGGAUAUACGACGAGAUUUUUUGAACGAGCAACACCACACAGUCAAAAAGGCUACGAAACAGAAGGAAAGUUUGCAACAAAAGAUUGAAAACCAAUAA